UGGCUGUCCCUAGGGGCAGUCAUUUUUGGACUUCAUUCAUUGAUGAGAUGUUGAGCAUUUGAGAAGGCCUGUUCUUGUUUUUAAGUCUGUACUACACAUUUUUCAUCUCCGCAAGUCCUUUAGUUCCCUAACACACUUCAUGAUGGAUUACUGGCUUGGUGUUGGCCUUUCACAGACAAGAAACCCCACCAGACAACAUUUGCCAGCGGCCAAAAGUCCAAUUCUGAAGAUCCUAGUACCUAACUAUGCAGCAGGGUCAAUCAUUGGUAAGGGGGGUCAAAACAUCGCUCAGGUACAGCAGUCUACAGGUGCACGCAUAAAACUAUCACCAAACAACCACUAUUACCCAGGCACUCAAGAACGCAUAGGUCUCAUCAUAGGCGAAGUUGACACCAUAAUCACUAUGUUGGACUUUGUUAUUGACAAGAUCAGACAAGAACCACAGGGGGCAAAGGUUAAUUCUAAUAUCACAUUUGAUCGAGAGCGGGCUAAGCAGAUGAAAAUAGUUGUUCCAAAUUCCACAGCAGGUAUGAUUAUCGGUAAAGGAGGAACAGCUAUAAAGUCAAUAAGCGAACAAACCGGAGCAAGAAUACAGAUUUCACAAAAAGAUGCUGAUAGUGUCGCUGGGGAACGAGUUGUAUGUGUAAGUGGAGAGGAGGACCAAGUUCAAGCAGCAUGUGCCAUUAUCACUGCCAAAGUUCAGGAAGACCCUGAACACGCAUUAAAUAAUAAUAUCAUGUAUACUGGUCUGACAACAAGUAGAGGAGGACACUCUAAUGGUCACUUUGGUUCCAAUCUACCAUUAAGUGCCUUGUCAGGGUUUGGUGGACUUGGUCUGCCAAACACUGGCAGUCAAGGCUCGCAGGCAGCAGCCCCCAAUCACAUUCUCGCACAAGCAGCACUCAUGCAGAGUGGGAGUAACGCAUUAAGUAGUGCACUAGGUAUGCCACCUACCACCACCGCCACCACCAGCUCAAGUAUCCAUUCAUCUGCAACACUAGAAAUCACUGUUCCUGAUGAAUUAAUUGGGGCUAUUCUAGGGAAGGGUGGUAAGACCAUCAAUGAAUUCAUGCAGUAUAGUGGAGCAAGGAUUCAGGUAUCCCAAAAAGGGGAAUUCGUCCCAGGUACAAGUAACCGUAAAGUAGUCAUAACUGGUGAUGUUCAAGCUGCACAGCUAGCUCAUUUCCUUAUCACCCAGCGGCUUCAACAAGUUGAAGCAGAGCGAUUAGUUUCUCCACCACAUCGAGCAUAAACAACAAGGUUUUUAGAUCGAGUAGAAUAUUAAAUUGUUUUACAUGAAUGUGAAUACAGAGAUGCAAAAAAAUAAUGAUGAUUAUCUCUGGUUUGAAUUAGUCUUUCCUGAAGAUUUCUAUUCUUAAAGAAUGAAAAAAAGUGGCCAGAAUUGCUACAUGUUUUAGAUAGGAUUUUUCCCAUCAUUGCUGUGGGGGUUGAAUUCUACAGUACAAAAUAUUGCAAAAAGAAAACAAAAAACAAAAAAGACACUGGCUAGAGACAAUCUAUUGUUCACAUCAAAUAUUUAUCCUCCUACGCUCAGUCGUUGUGCAGUUGCCUUUUUGCAAACCAUCACUUUGGAAAUGCUUUUUAAAAAUCAGCAUUAUUUAUGUAUGUGUAAGGAAAAAUGCCUUGAGAAUGGAUGCCCAUAGAUUGCACUUAUCAAUGUUAGCCACAGGGUAGGAGAGCAAACCAGCUAAGGGAUUUUGACGAAGAACCACUGCCCAACGUCCCUGAAGAACAACACUUUUGACUUUAUUGGCUUCUAACAAGAAGAUAAAAACUUGGAAAAGAUUCACAGUUGAUUUCAGUGGGUUCGAUUAGUUGAAAGUUUGAAUGACCAUACCGCAUAGUUUAUCUCGCAAAUUUCAAUUCCAAUGGGAUUGCCCUCCCCACCCUAUAUUCCUGGGGCUUACAGUUGUCAAGUGCACACUGUCAUCAUCUUUUGCCAUGUACAUAAAGACCAUUGCUGAAACCUUUCUCUUUCAGUUGUACAUCUUUCUAAGAAUUACAAAUGUUAUUCAGAAAAAUUGCAAUUCCAGACUGUACAUUAGGCUUCGCAGUUUAUCUUUUUUAUUAUUUAUUACUCACCUAGUAAUUAUAACUUCUCAUAGAAAAAUAUAUAUGUGGAAGGAAGUCUAGAGAAUUAUUAUUUUGGUCAUUUUUAAGUAAAAAUAAAUCAAAAAUAUUAAUCCUUUUUAAUUCGCUUGUUCUAGCAAUCAUUUUGUAUGUUUCACUCAUCGUACCUCGCUCAGUCUCAUAUAUUCACAUUUCAUGUACAUAUUUCAUUUGAUAUUUUAUUCGAUCACCAAUCAUUUUCAUCCCUGGACUGCAUUUCAUGUUUUACACUUUCAUCAAAACCCUUUCAUCAUCAAGAUCAUUUUCCUUAUUUGUUUCUAAUAGCUGUAAUACAUGUAGUUUUUGAUUAUUGUUAAUUUUUUUCCCACAUAUUCAUAUUGCUGUUAUUAAUCAAUUGAUUAAUGUCAAUCAGUUAAAUCAAUUAGAUAGUUUUGGUAGUUUCAUAUAAUUAUUACCCAAACAAGAACCCCAAGCAAUAUCAAUUGGAAAGUUUUGAAUACAUAAACACAAGACUUCUUGUACAGGCUUGACCUUUGUUGUUGAGGAAAAAGCUAUCUCAUUAUAGCAAUUUUAAAUACCAGAGUGAAAUCCCUUUAUGUAUCUUACAUUAUUCUCAAGCCUAUGCGAGUAAAACUUUUGUGAAAUAGAAUAUUAAAUUGUUCAAACUGUAAAAGGGUAAAAUAUAUGAUUUGCUAAAGUUUGCAGGAUUUUCUGAUUGCACUUUACAUAGAAGUUUCAACAUCGUUAGAUAAGACCUAAUAUUCAUAAUAUAAAUUGUAUGUACCAUUUUGGGCUUUCUCGUAGUUGGGUUUCAGUUUAAUUUUUGUAGAUGGCUGUAAAACUCUUGCACCAAAAUUUAUGAUUGACUUGCUAAAAUGAUUCAAUACAUUCUUAAAUGGUCAUUCCUUUAGCUUUAGUUAUUAGCAAGUUGGACAUAUCUUAUAUCAUUAUAUUCUCUUAUGACUCUUGCAGAUAGUGAAUUGCUUUUUCAUCAUGACAUUCAGAUGUACUAUAUUUGAUUUUAGUAAGUUCGCUUUGUGUGGAAAAAUGUUUGAGAUUUUGAUUUUUUUGACUAAGCGUAGGGCUGCAAAUUACACAGUUUCAAAGCCAAGUAUCAUUAGGAAAUGUUAGGAAAAAAUUACGAAGAUUCUGCCAAAAAUUGUGAUUUUUCUUGUGAAAUACCCUGACAGUAUUAAGAUAUAUUCUCCAUGAACAGGCUAUGCACUUUUGAGGCAAAUUUUGAUUGUGCUGAAAAACUUUGCUAAAUUGAGCUUAUUGCUUACGCAUUUGUUCACAUCAUUUCUGGGUUACAUCGUUGCCAUAGCAACUGUUUUUUUGUAACAAUCAUUAACAGCUUAGAUAGAUUUUUAAUAAUAAAAUAAAAAACAUAUCCUUAGUAGAUUGAUCUAAAAAUCAACUGCCAUUUUUAUAAGGUAACAUCCAACAACUGUACUUGAAUGUUCAAUGGUAUAUUAGAAGGGUAGUCAGCCUAUAUUGCACCUUACUCUAUCAGUGUACUAUCAGCUGUAAUUUCAAUCUAAUCACAUAUUGGCUAUUCCAAGGUGAAGGAAAAAAGGUGGGUCAAGUUGUCAUUGCAGUGCAUUGUGGGGCUGUUUUGGGGGACACACUUCCAAGAUGGCAGCUAUUUUGUUCCCCAAAACCCACUACAAUAACAACUCAACCCAGUUUUUUCAUCAACCUCGGCAUGGCCAAUAAUAACAAUCAUUAUGAUAUAUUUUUAAUAAUCGUGUGAUCAUGCAUCAAGGUACAUCAAGACAUCUGUAUCAUCACAAAAUGAACACUGAACUUUCAUGAACGAUAUCCACAAUCAUGUAAUCAUCUCAUGAUCGGUCUUAUCAAUUUUAGUGUACCUUGCUUGUUACUGGUUUUCAUUUAUUUCAUAUAUGUUCAUGUACUCUUCAUUGCACAUGUACAAUUAUCAUGUAAUAAAAGUAUACUGUCAGGUCAUACUCUGUUUUCUCUGAUCAUUGCCUCAAACGUGCCAUCACCCAUGCUUUUUCUAUUUCUUAUCACUGGGUCUUCAAUUCCCACUUCUACCUGUGUUUCAAAAACAUUUCUACGUGCUCAUGUCACAUCCAUGGUUUUUUUGCCACAAACUACCCAUUCUUCCAUAAAUAAGGUGUAAGGAAAUGUUAUGUUGAAAAAGAGUUUUGGGAUUGGGUAAACACAAUUAUCAAACUCAUUAAUAAUGCAUGAGGAAAACAACARMRRAAAUCAUGACCGUGAAGAGUGUUGUAAAUCUGAUAGAAAACUGUGUUCAUUUGCAUAAACUUUAAGUUGGAUUUUCUUGGCCAAAUUCACUUUCAUUUUGAAAAUUUUAGUGAAACACAAAGGAACUAACCUAGACGUUUGAUAAGUCAUAUACAGUAUUCGUGUCCGUGUUGUGUCAGAUAUACAGUCACUCGGCUACUCCUCGGUUGUAUAUCUGAUACAACACGGCCACUCAUACUGUAUAUAUUACUAAUAAUUUAACUAGCCCUUCACAAGCACACGCUCACCAAUAACAAAUCACUUCAUUCUCCCACUGCACCAUACAUUCCUAACACAAUAAUAAUCUAUUGGCCAUUCCAGUGGGGUGCAGAAACUUGUAAAGAGUAGGACUUGCCCUGAAGAAGGACAGAAUUGAUUUUUUCAAAGAGUGUACCACCUUUGGAAAGCCAAAUAAACCUUUGGUUUUGUGUAGGUGUGAAUCACAGUCCCAAACUUGUCAAUAGGCCUACCUUCGCUGCUAUAAACCUUAUUAGCAAAUGUUUUCACAUCUGUCUUUCCUUAAUUUUUUAAAAAAGUUAUCUAUAAUAUAUGUGAAACGAGAUGUCUAAAAUAGGCUGUCGUCAAUUAAUUACAUUCAUUGGUCUUUCAUUCCCACUCGGACAAGUCUUCAGUAUUAAUUAUGGAGGAUAGAACUAUGUAAGACAUCCUACACUUUGGCUAGCACAUUUAAUGUGAUAGCAUAUAACGUCAAGUUUUGAUGCAAUUUUAUAAUUUGGUAAGGAGAAAAAUGUCACUUCUAUUUCAACAAGCCAUCUAUUUCAUCGACUGAAUAAAAUCUCAUUCAAUAUUCAAAGUGUGGACUGUAUCAUUAUUGCAUUACUAUUCCAUUAACUUUACUCUCUCAAAUUAUUAUCCUAUCCUACAACAAACACAUUUUAUUGCAGUUGGCUAAAAUACCAGGAAUGAAUAUACCUGUUUUCCUUGUCCUACUGGAAUGACCUCAUCUCAUUUUAUGCAAACAGCUGUUACUUAAAAAACUGGGCACUCAAAAACUAAUGCACAGUUCUUAAAUUUAUCCAUACAUGUAUGAAAAAAAUACUAGUUUUGUAGUGCUUUUCAUAAGGUAUUUUGGUAUCAACUAUCUAAUUGUCAAAUUCACUCAAGCAUGAACCAAACAAAGACGCAUAGAGGCAUUUGCUUUCGUUCCUAACGUUCUGCUCAAGUAAUAAUCACUAUUUGUGCAAAAUAGUGCAAUCAGACAAUGCAUUUUGGUUUCAUUGAAUGGAAAUACCUGGCUGGCCCAAACUCUGUUUGAUGUUAGCCAAAAAAGAAAAGGCAUUCAGAUUUUAACAACUUGUUUAGUUUGCUUAUUUAUUAUUCUAUCAUCUUUGUUAUAAACGUGGACAAAUUAACAGAAUAAGAGGCAUGGUUACUGCGACAGUAUAGCUCUAUUACUGCAGACCCAAGAUGCAUUGCUCAAUGCUGUCAAAACACCCCGAGCCUGGAAAAUUUUGACUUGGCCAUGCAUUUUCACAAGAAAUAUUACAAUAUUAUUAUUAUUAAUGCAUGCAGACAUUUACAAGAAACUAAAAUGUUGCCAGACCUAAGUAUGCAAGACCUGUUAUACAGGUAAAGGAAUCUUCAAUUUGUUUGUUAAAUUCAGGUAGGUGUGGUGUUUCACAUGAUUUUGCCAAAUAAAAUAUUAAUUUCA